AUGUCUACGUUAACCACUGAGCAAUUUAUCAAGAUUCUCGACGAGAAACUCGAGGAAAAAUUUGAGCAGAAAAUCACACCUUUAAGUCAAACGAUUGUCGAUCUCAAAAGCAAAGUCGAGCAUGUUGUGGAACAUAUAACAUUCAUAAAUGCUAAGUACGAAGAACUGUACUUAAAACUUGAAGCCUCUGAGAAGGAAAAUAAGUCGAUUAUGGAAGGUAAUAAGAUCUUGAAAAUGUCUAUUCAACAACUUGAGCGUUCAGUUACCACCCUUGAUCAAGCUCAUAAUGACCUUGAACAAUAUGGACGAAGGGAGUGUAUUGAGAUUAGCGGAAUCCGUGCUUCUGGACCAGGUCAAAGUGAAAAUGUAAACGCUGUUGUUAGUAAUGUUGGUAAGCUGAUUGGUGUUGAUGUUAAGCGAGAAGACAUAUCAGUAUGCCACCGAUUACCUCAGCUAAAAGGAUACAAAGGUAGAAGAAAGGAACCUCUGAUUAUAGUAAAAUUUGUUAGGAGAGAAGUAAAAGAAAAAUUUUACAAAGCAAGGGGUAAGCUACGAUCGAAGACAACUAAGGAUAUUGGCUACUAUGUUGAAAAUAAUAUAUAUCUUGCUGAAAGUCUCACGGAACGAAAUAAAGCUCUGUUUAGAAGCGGAUUAGAUGUGAAGAGAAACAAGAACCACAAAUUUAUUUGGACCUCUAACGGAAUCAUUUACUUGAGAAAGGAUGAAAAUAGUGAUGUUAUCAAAAUUAAAUGCAAGGAGGAUCUUCCAAAGAUUUCACUUACAAAUCGAUAAGUACUUUUUAUACACUAUUUAUAUAAUAUGACAUGCCUUCAAUGUUUAAAUGCCACCUCAAUUGUUAAUGACAGGUGUGCUGAACUCGCUAGCUCAUAUCCAUAUCUAAGUGAUGCUGCCCCUAUUAGAAAUUUACAGCACCUUUCUGACUUAGAUAUUGAUGUUGAGAUACCUUCAGCUAGUAAUUUAAAAUAUUAUAGCACUCAUGACUUCCAUAGUGAUUAUGAUAUUAGUGAGUGUUUUAAUAGUAAUCUAUGUUUUUCAGCAUUGCUUGCAAUAUUAGAAGCUUGUCUGCAAAUUUUGAUAACCUGCUUAAUAUGAUAUCUGAACUGUAUUAUUCAUUUUCACUUAUUGGUCUUAGUGAAACAAAACUCAAAGUAGAUCAGCCUCAGCUAUCAAAUAUUGAUAUAUUGGGUUAUCAAUUUAUUUCACAACCUAGUCACUCAAUGGCUGGUGGCAUUGGUUUUUAUGUCAAAAAUAGCUUAUCCUAUAAGGUAAUUUGACAACAUCAAAAGAUGAAUUUGAAGCUCUUUGGAUAGAAAUACAAAAUAAGGGAAAAGCAAGUAUAAUAUGCGGAGUAGUCUAUCGGCACCCAAGAGGUGACUUGGAUACUUUUAUUGAAUACUUAAAUUCUGGAAUUGAAAAGAUAAACCAAGAAAAUCAAAUCUGUGUCAUUAUGGGGGAUUUUAAUGUGGAUCUACUUAAGGUGGAUUCACAUCAGAAUUCUGAUAAAUUUCUUCAUACUAUGGGUUCAUACUUCUUUCAACCCCAUAUCUUGCAGCCAACUAGAAUAACUGAUCAUUCAGCCACAUUAAUUGAUAAUAUUUUUUUGAAUACCCUUGAUCAUUUUGUUAUUAGUGGCAACAUUGUAUAUGAUAUUACUGAUCAUUUACCAAAUUUCCUAAUUUUUGAUAAAUUUACUUAUAUUCCGAGUAAUAUAAAACUAUAUAAGAGAGAUUCCUCCAAAUUGAAUAUAUUCAGAUCUAAUUAAUGAUGUUCAAAAUAUCAACUGGGAUGGAGUUUUUGCCUCAGAACUUGACCCAUCUUCAAUGUUCCACUCAUUUUAUGACCGAAUCUCAGUUAUAAUAGAUAAGCAUAUACCAGUAAAGCAAAUAACACGAAAAGAACUUAAGCUAAACUCUUAAAGUGCCACUAACCCCCUAAAUUUUCUUUUCAUAAAAUCAAUAACCACUAUUUAUGGAGUACAAAAAUGAAAAAAUUGUUUUAAUCGGUUGAAUUCUCGCUAUUCUAUGGCUUCUCAAAGUUUGAAAAAUUGCCCUAAAAUCGACGCCAUUUUGUCCCACGAGCGAGCGCCGAUGAUCUGGGCUUGUGACGUCAAUUGGUGAACCGGCUGUUGUGUCAAAACAAGUGUUUACAGUGCUAGGCGAGUUUGUUAGGCAUGCGAACGGCGAGAAAAUGCCGAAAAGAUGCGUUGUUGCCGGUUGUAGCAACAUAGGAGAUAAGGAAAAAGAAUUAUCGUUGCAUGCAAUUUCUUAUUCGGGGGACGAACGGCCCGAAGCGAAAAAAAACCGAAAGAAAUGGACUGACUUCGUAAUAAGCCUCAAACGUGCAAAAUGGACGCCGACGUCGUAUUUAGUCAUAUGUUCUGAGCAUUUCAAGCCUGAGGAUUUUUUGCGACGGUUUUCCCAUGUCGAAGGUGAAAGCUUCGUUGGCAACAGAUGGCUCAAAAGGGACGAGAUUGGAAUUUGUGUAUUCCCAACAAUCAUGCCAUCAGCUGACGCACAGAAAGUUUCAGACAGAUACAAGAGAAUGGUAUGCUAAUUUUGUAUUUUAUACAUAUUUGUGCGUAACUUGAAUUUGUUUGACUAAACUGAUUUAAUUAAUAAACAUACCAUUAUAUAACAUGCUAACACUUAAACUUGAUAUACAGUAAUUGGGUAAAGCUUAUAAGAAAGACAAUUUCGUUUAGUCUGUGAGAGCUUUCUUUGUUAUUUCUGUCUUCAGCCUUGCAGAUUUUUGUAAUUUCCGUGUGCAAUUUGAUACAGUAUUAUACAGUGAUAUAAUUCUCCAUCUAUGUCUCUUGCUAUGCCUAUGUUUUAGUGAAGUCAAUAUGCCCACUGACUAUGACCCAUAGGUGUGUAUUUAAGGAUGUCUGAAGAGGGUAUCAUAUUUGACUGUCAAAAUAAUUAUAGUGAAAUAUUGAUCAAUGCAUACCAUGUACCCAUGUAUAUAUAUAUGCAUGUUUGAUUUGUACAGAUUAUGUCGAAGAAAUAUUUCAAACUUUUCUCAAUGUUACCAAAGAUGAUCUUAAAAAGGCAGCCAAGCAACUCAAAGAGUACGGUGUCUUUGCAAAGUGUUGCCCACUGCCUGUGGCCCAUAGAUAAGUUACCCAGUAUGCUUGCUGUUAAUAUAAAUCUUUUUGUUACUGUAGUUUCACUACUACGUUGUUGAACAGAGCCAAAAGAAGUCUAAAGCAGCACCAAAAUGCAGGGCAUGUGAACAACCCAUGAAAGGACACAAGUUUGUUACAGACUGUCCAAGGAAUGAAAGGAGCACAUCAUAGUGUAUUAUAUGGAUAAGGCAUUUGAGGAGGGAGGGCAUAUUGGGAGGGUUUUUUUUUCAGAAGGGCAUAUUAGGAUUAUUCAGGAUGUUGGGGAUUUAUAAUAGAGAUUGGGGCUUAUAUUACAGCAGGAAGGGUCUUAACAGAGG